CCAAAGUUACCACUAGAAGUCGAAUCACGCGGCAUCGUCGCGCAUUGCACUUCUCGAAGCCGCCGUACCCAUUGCUCGUGCGCCAUUUGAUUCCCUAGAAAGCACCUCAUCAUAUUUGCUGGACUCUAUCGCAACCCAUCGCCAUGAACGCCGUACCCAUCACAAAAAAACUGAUAGCCUUUGGGAGCAAGAAGAUAUACCUUCCUAAAUUCACAGUCGCACUCCUUCGUACACCAAACCUUUCCCCGUAUCAUGCCCGCUUCCUCGUCCCGCUCGACUUCUCAAAGUACGACCUUCGCGAUUACCUCUACCACGCCUACAACGUCAAAUGCUUCAACAUCAGAUCGUACGUAAAGCAAAUGCCUGUACGCGAUACGCGCGAACAGCCACGGCAUUGGUUCCGUGAGGACUCGAAGAAGUACAUGACGGUAGAGUUGGAGCAGCCAUUCGUCUGGCCAGAGGUUCCCGACCUAGAGCCAUGGGGCCAACGAGAGAGGAGAGAAGAGAUUAAGCAGGCGGCCAGCCAGAAUGGAGCUGGAGACAUGGCCGAAGCAAGAGAGGCAGCCAGGACGCUACGAGAGCAGGUCAAGAAGUUGCUCGACAAGAAAGUCUCGCGGCCGGAUCCCGAGAUACAGAAGAAGAAGGCAAUGUCUGUAGAGCUCACAGCAGAAGAGUUGGAAGCAGAAAAGCUCAGAGAGCAGGAAGAGGCAAAUCUACAGCGUAUGUCAAGACUAAAGUUGUGGGCGAAGGAACGGACAGGGAAGGCCGUGGAAAGCGAUAAGCCUAGGCGGUAUGCGAUCAAGGUUUGAGGUUGAUCUUGCGUCGUGUAUAUAUGCUUGUACUAUAUUCAUCAGGAUGGAGCAAGAAUCACCAAUACUUUGCAAUACGUGUGAUGACAUGUGUGGUACAACAUGAUGGAGCAAAGUACUCUGAGAAACUUCCGAUUCGACCCAGUUGGGGAGUGUCUUCAUGCCUACAGCUCGUUCUUGGAAGAUGUCGUGAGGCUAUAUGGUAUCAUGUCUUUGCUUUGUCCAGUCUUCGUUGCCUUGUUCCCAGAGAUAUCAUGGAAGGGGACUACAGUGGUGUGAUUCAGAUCUGGUGACCAACUUGACAUGGAAAAUCCGAAACAUGUACGAUCUAGUCUAGUACGUGGUCCAUACUUCAGAAAUUGCAAAAAGUUAGAGAGGCUG